AUGAAGCUCAGGCGGCUGCGGGGCACAUUUUCGGCCAAGGUUUGCGGCACAGCAGGGCCAACGCGUCAACCUGAGUGGAAGCACAUUGUCCCUGAGUCUCCCGACCUCAGCAAGCACGGUGUCAAGGCCUCGGCGGGCGGUUGGAUACUCGCGGAGGAUGUUCUGGUUAACCCCCUCGCCCCUGGCCCCUCCCCCUCCGUCCCACGUUGCCCGAUGCAGGACAAGCGCACCGCCACAUGGCUGAAGGCCUGA